AUGGAGUCUGAGAUUGAAGCUUCUCAGAUCACGUCACCACUGGAGAUACCGUGUACUGUCUCUGAUGCUGCUGUUAUUUCUCCGCCUCUGCCUCUGUCUUGUAUGUCUUCUUUAGCUCUGAUGGACUCGAGCAAUGGAUCCCAGGUCGUCGUCAACUCUCUGUCCGUGUCCUCCCCAACAGCUCAGUUGGAGAAUCAGGAAAUGAAAGCUUCUGAUAUCAACAAUACAAUGCCAUCCGAAAUUCCUCCUCAAGAAACAGAUGCUCAUGACCUUCCUUCAGGUCCAUCGGAUGAUCUAGAGGUAUGCUCAAGAAACCCAACGAUGUUAACUAAAUCUUUUUCUUCUCCCUCACUACAAGAGAAUCCCGCUGAUCCGCUUAACUCAGUUACCACUUUCAGCACAUUAGUAGAUUCACAAUCUACUCCCAUUGAUACAUCGAUUAUGGAGUUUUCUUCAUCCAACAUUAUCAACAAUGAGGUCUUAGAAUCUCUUGUUUUUGAUCCCGUGACCACAACACCUAACCAGUGUGCAUUUGAGAGUCCUUCUCGUUUUAGAGUGCUAGGUGACGUCGAUGAAGCUGAGAAUGAGACUUCAAGUGACGUCGAUGAAGCUGAGAAUGAGACUUCAAGUUCGUUCAGUUUGACAAGAGGUGGGAGGGAAUCAAAACCUCUUAUCAAAUACCAGAACAUGGAGUGGCAAACAGCUCGUGGAAGAGGAAAGCGUGGUCGCGGCCGUGGCUCCUAUCAUUAG